AUGCUGAUGACCUUCCCCAAAGAAGAGAAGAUAGCCCCGCUUGGAAAUGUGGACGGUCAUGCCACAGAUGCCACAGAGGCCAAGCCCUCUCCAGAGAUGGCAGACGACAGGGAUUCUCCUCCAGAAAAUAAGUCUGCCGUGGCUGAGCUUUUUGGGGAGUUGUUCACGACCCAGGAGCAGGGAACCAAGUCAAAGGUCAAGGUCAUGGAGGAGAAAGGAGCAGGAGCACAGAGCUCAGAGGGCGGGUUCCUGUGGGUCCUCUUACCGUGUGACUGGCUGACUGGCCAGGAAGGAGCAGGAGCACAGAGCUCAGAGGGCGGGUUCCUGUGGGUCCUCUUACCGUGUGACUGGCUGACUGGCCAGGAAGGAGCAGGAGCACAGAGCUCAGAGGGCGGGUUCCUCACCGCCACCUCCUCUAACUCCACCCCCACCACUACCUGCACCACCACCGCAACCGCCACCUCCUCUACCUUCACUACCUGCCACCACCACCGCAACCGCUACCUCCUCUACCUCCACCUCCACCCCAUCACUACCUGCACCACCACCGCCACCUCCUCUACCUCUACCUCUACCUCCGCCCUCACCACUACAUCUCCACCCCUCACCACUACCUCCACCGCAACCGCCACCUCCUCUACUUCUAUCGCUACCUCCACCCUCACCACUACCUGCAACACCACCGCCACCUCCACUACCUCUACCUCCACCCUCACCACUACCUGCACCACCACCGCCACCUCCUCUACCUCUACCUCCACCCCUACCACUACCUGCACCACCACCGCCAACUCCUCUACCUCUACCUCUACCUCCACCCUCACCACUACCUGCACCACCACCGCCCCCACCACUACCUGCACCACCACCGCCACCUCCUAUACUUCUACCUCCAGCUCCACCCUCACCACUACCUCCACCGCAACCGCCACCUCCUCUACUUCUAUCGCUAUCUCCACCCUCACCACUACCUGCAACACCACCGCCACCUCCACUACCUCUACCUCCACCCCCACCACUACCUGCACCACCACCGUCUCUACCUCUACCCCCACCACUACCUGCACCACCUCCUCUACUUCUACCUCUACCUCCACCCUCACCACUACCUGCACCACCACCGCCUACUCCUCUACCUCUACCUCCACCCCUACCACUACCUGCACCACCACCGCCAACUCCUCUACCUCUACCUCUACCUCCACCCUCACCACUACCUGCACCACCACCGCCACCUCCUCUACCUCUACCUCCACCUUCACCACUACCUGCACCACCACCACCUCCUCUACCUCUACCUCUACCUCCACCUUCACCACUACCUGCACCACCACCGCCACCUCCUCUACCUCUACCUCUACCUCCACCCCCACCACUACCUGCACCGCCACCGCCACCUCCUCUACCUCUACCUCCACCCCCACCACUACCUGCACCACCACCACCACCUCCUCUACCUCUACCUCCACCCCUCCCACUACCUGUACCGCCACCUCCUCUACCUCUACCUCUACCUCCACCCCCACCACUACCUGCACCACCACCGCCACCUUCUCUGCCUCUACUUCUACCACCCCCACCACUACCUGUACCACCACCACCUCCUCUACCUCUACUUCUACCUCCACCCCCACCACUACCUGUAUCACCACCGCCACCUCCUCUACCAAUACCUCUACUUCUACCUCCACCCCCACCACUACCUGUACCGCCACCUCCUCUACCUCUACCUUCACCCCCACCACUACCUGCACCACCACCGCCACCUCCUCUACCUCUACCUCCACCCCCACCACCACCUGCACCACCACCGCCACCUCCUCUACCUCUACCUCUACCUCCACCCCCACCCCACUGCCACCGCCAGCUCUACCUCUACCUGCACUGUCACUCCCACCGCCACCUCCACCCCUGCCCCAACCUCUAGCUGCACCGUCCCCUCUAUCCUCCCACCCCCACGGCCACCCCCACUGUCAUUUGCACCACCACCUCCGCCGCCACCUCUGCCCCAUCGUCAUCACCCCCCCCACCACCUCCGCCCUCACCUCCACCGCCACCUCUGCCCAAUCCACACACCUACCUCCACCCCCACUGACACCCCCACUGACACCCCCACCUCUGCCCCCACCUCCGCCCCCGCCCCCCUGCCCCCACGUCUGCCCCCAUCGACACCCCACACCUACCUCCACCCCCACCGCCACCACUGUAAUUUUUGGUUUAUCAUUCAAACUCUACUCCACUUCCACCUUCACCUCCACCUCCACCUCCACCUCCUCCUCCACCUUUACACCCACAGAUGUGGCCAACAGGGAUGAGAACUGA